CUGACACUCAGGCCAAGACAGUGACGGUGGGCAGGGGGUGGUUCAGCCCGUGGUCGUAUGGCGUUGAGUCCUGGAAGCCUCCCCGUGUGAAGCCAGGAGACGUGCUCGUGUUCCGCUGGCGCAUGGCAAGGCAUGACGUGUGGCAGCUCAGGGACUUGGCGGCCUACACCAAUUGCACCUUCGCCACGGGAAAGAGGCUCAAGCACGUGCACAUCUCCGAGCGCUACAA